AUGAGCCGCUACCUCCUGCCGCUGUCCGUGCUGGGCACGGCGCUGGGCGGCGGCGUGCUCCUCAAGGACUACGUGGCCGGCGGGGCCUGCCCCAGCAAGGCCACCAUCCCCGGGAAGACGGUCAUCGUGACGGGCGCCAACACGGGCAUCGGGAAGCACACGGCCCUGGAGCUGGCCAGGAGAGGGGGCAACAUCAUCCUGGCCUGCCGAGACCUGGAGAAGUGUGAGGCGGCGGCGAGGCACAUCCGCGGGGAGACCCUGAAUCACCGCGUCAACGCCAGGCACCUGGACCUGGCCUCGCUCAAGUCCAUCCGAGAGUUUGCAAGGAGGAUCAUCGAAGAGGAGGAGCAGGUGCACAUCCUGGUCAACAACGCGGCCGUCAUGCGCUGCCCUCACUGGACCACCGAGGACGGCUUCGAGAUGCAGUUUGGUGUCAACUAUCUGGGUCACUUCCUUCUGACCAACCUGCUCCUGGGCAAGCUGAAAGGCUCGGCCCCGGCGCGGAUCAUCAAUGUCUCCUCCCUGGCCCACGUGGCCGGCCACAUGGACUUUGAGGACUUGAACUGGGAGAAGCGCAAGUACGACACCAAGGCCGCCUACUGCCAGAGCAAGCUGGCCGUCGUGCUGUUCACCAGGGAGCUGAGCCGGCGGCUGCAAGGCACAGGUGUGACCGUGAAUGCCCUGCAUCCCGGCGUGGCCCGGACAGAGCUGGGCAGGCACACCGGCAUGCACAGCUCUGCCUUCUCCAGCUUCACUCUCGGCCCCAUCUUCUGGCUGCUGGUCAAGAGCCCCGAGCUGGCCGCCCAGCCUAGCACAUACCUGGCCGUGGCAGAGGAACUAGAGGGUGUUUCGGGGAAGUACUUCGAUGGAUUCAAAGAGAAGUCUCCUGCUCCUGAGGCCGAGGACGAAGAGGUAGCCCGGAGGCUUUGGGCUGAAAGCGCCCGCCUGGUGGGCUUGGAGUCUGGGGCGUCCUCUGUGGAGGCACGGCUGGCCCGCAAGUGACCCAGGGGCAGAUGUGGAGGCCGAAGCGAACCUGCAGCACAGGGCCUGUCUCCCAGGGGUGCUGAUGGCGCCGCCCCGUGGCUGGGGCUCCAGGUGGCAUGGGCAGCAGGUGCACUGCGCCAGCCUGUGCUCGGACGCCGCGGCGGAAUCUGCCCCGGAACCUCGAGAAGUGGAGAUGCUCCCUGGGUUUGGGGACGGUGGCUUGUGAACUGGCCUGCCCUGUAGGGGAGGGUCACUGGGGAGAGACUGACUCACCCCUGCCGCGGGUAGACUCCUCCAGGCCCUGUGGGACUGAAAUCAGAGACUGGAAACCGGCCCUGCAGCCUAGUCAGAGCUCCCAGGCUCCCCUCUGGCAGGGCAGGAGAUGCAGGGAGCCCCCAGAACACCGCAUCUUGUCCUGCUAGGAAGCCCUGGGUGUGAGUGUCCUCUGCUGCCGCCCCAAGGUGGAGGGGGCUGCCGCCUUUCCAGGGAACACUGGAUGAAUGGGGACUGUGUGCUCCCGCCAGGCUCGGCACUCAGCCCAGGCGCCAGGAAGCUCAGUAAUCAAGAUAAAGAGUGUUUUAACGUGAAAAAAUAUUAAUAUUUGUAAGAAACCCUAGAAAUCUCACGGCAGAACUGA